ACGAUCAUCUCAUUCUUUGGCCACUGACAUGUUUGAGCAGCACCUGGGGGCUCACCUCCUGCAGUCUCUCGAUGGUUUUGUGUUUGUGGUCAGCCAUGAGGGACGCUUCCUCUACAUCUCAGAGACAGUUUCUAUCUACCUGGGACUCUCACAGGUGGAGCUGACCGGCAGCAGCGUGUUCGACUACAUCCACCCGGCCGACCACGUGGAGAUGGCGGAGCGGCUGGGGAUCAGGCCGCACCUGCGGGCCGAGGCCGGCUGCCACACGGCGCCCGAGAGCGCCUCCAGCUCCGCGUCCGCCUCCUCGUUAGCUGCAGCUCCAUCGAGUCCUCAUUCCCCCGCCGACGAUCCCCCCGACCGUGGCUUCUUCAUCCGCAUGAAGUCCACGCUCACCAAAAGAGGCCUGCACGUCAAGUCUUCUGGAUACAAGGUAAUCCACGUGACGGGACGGAUACGCUGCCGCCCCGCGCUCGUCCCGGGCUCCACGCGCUCGGUACGCCGGCCGAUGGGCUUGGUCGCUCUGGCGCACACUCUUCCGCCCUCCACGCUUAAUGAAGUCCGCAUGGAGAGCCACAUGUUUGUCUUCCGAGUGAACAUGGACCUACAGGUCACGUACUGUGAGAACAGGAUCUCGGAGUAUAUGGAUCUGACCCCAGCCGAGGUGGUGGGACACACCUGUUACCAUUUUAUCCACGUAGAAGAUCUGGAAAACCUCCGGCAGAGCCACGAGGACCUGCUGAGGAAAGGCCAGGUGGUGACGGGUUACUAUCGCUGGCUCCAGCGGAGAGGCGGCUACCUCUGGAUCCAGUCCACCGCCACCGUCUCCAUCAACCACAAAGCUCCUCACGAACGCAACGUCAUCUGGGUGAAUUAUGUCCUGAGUCGAACGGAACUGCCCGACACUCCCCUCGAUCUGCUGCAGCUCCCGGAGAGCAUACGAGCCGAGCGACUGCGGGUCAGCUCAUCUCCCGCCAACAGCUCCCCGCAGGCCCGAGGCUCGCAGCCGGCGAAGAGCUCAGCGGGAAAGAGUGACCCCGACACCAAAGGCAGGGAGAAAUUCACCCCCGCCGCCAUCCAAUCAGAGGACAGGAGGAAGCGCCUGCUGCGGUCCGACCCCGACGGGGCGCCUCCCGAGACCCGCCGCCGACUGGAGGAGCUCCGUCACGCCGAGGAGAGCGUGUCGGCCUCCUCGGACCUGGCCAGCGAGAGCGACGGCGAGGAAGAGGAGGAGACGGAUUGGGACCAGGGGGGGGACAGCGACAGACUGAAGCAGGAAGACAGCGGGGGAGGAGGCAAGCAGGGCCGGGGGGGAGACACCCCGACGAGGGGCGAGCGGGCGGGGAGGGUGCACAACGGCCGGGCCGUCAUCCAGCAGCUGAAGAGCGUGGUGACUCCGUCCGCGCUGCCGGCCAGCCCCAGCAUCAAGACUGAGCACGAGGCCCUGGCCACCGGGGGGCGCUGGGGGGCGCACGCGCAGACCCCCGCCUCGCACGCCACGCAGCCGCAGCCCUCGCACGCGCACACGCCGUCCAACAGCCUGAACGGCGACAGCCCCACCACGCCCAUCCCCGACUCCUCCUCCAGCAGCGAAGCCCCCCCCAAGGGGCUGUUCACGCCGCCGUCCCCGGCCCUGUCCCCCGCCAUGUCCGUGUCCUCCCCGCUGCCCCGCGAGGAGAGGGCCGUGUCCGGGGUGGUCAGCCGCGGCGGCGGCAUCGCGGGCAACGGCCCCGACUUCGAGCUGCUGCAGAGACUGGCCGCCGGCGGCGCGGCGGGGCGGGUCCUCUUCCACCCCCUGGCCCUGGGCCCGCAGGGCCCCCAGAGCCUCUACGCCCCCAGCACUAUCCGCUACGCUCCGCCUGAGCUGCCCCCCUCCCACCACCACGGCGCAGGACACGGCGAUGGCCUGCAGCUACGCUCGGACCACCACAAGGGACCCCCACCGGCCUUCUUCCCCCACCUGCAGCGGCUGGCCGGCCUGCCACCCUUCAGUGGUUUCUCUCCGUCUGACAGCCCUUUCUCCUCCAGCCUCCCUUUCUGUAUGAACGGACUGAGGGGGGCUGCAGGCACCGAGGAGGACUGA